AUGUCCCUCAUCGCAGGAGGAGGCCAUCACUUCGUCGGUUCAACAUCCGGUCUCCUCCUCGCAAACCUCCUUCAAUCACGACCCCAAGCCCCAUCAUCCCUCAACUCAUCAUGGAAACCAUCCAUCUCCCUCACUCCUCAAACGGGAUCAGGCCUGCCGCCCAAAACCCUCGCAGCAGAACUCAUCAAAGCAUACUGCAGCCAUGAUCAUCUCUGCUAUCCCUUCCUCUCCACCAAAUCCCUCUACAAGUCCUUAGACGCCGUGUACGAAGACCGAGAAAAAGAUCCCGUUGAUGCGUUUUUCGUGGAUAUGACUCUCGCGAUAGGUACCGCGCAAGUACACAAGUUCAACUGGAAUGGUGUUUACGAUGCGGAGACACAUUAUAAUCGCGCCAUGACGAGAUUAGCUGAUGUUCUUGCACGAGAUGGUAUUGAACGGUUACAAGCACUGCUGCUCGUCUGUCAAUACAGGAUGGGUACCACGUCGAGUAACACUACCACCAGUGUCUGGCAUCUGAUCGGUGUCGCAGCAAGGACUUGUCUAGAAAUGGGUCUUCAUCGCGCAGCAACAUAUACACACGAUAAAGAUGAAGAAGAAAUGGAGACUAAACGUCGCUGUUUCUGGAGUCUUGUCGCGCUGGACAGAGUUACCAGUUUAGCACUCGGAAGACCUUUGGCUCUUCAACUUGAGGAUAUAGACGUUGAUCUACCGCCUUGUUCCACGGAAGAACUUCCAGACGAUAGCAGUCCUUUGUCGUCUGCGCCGUACGGUACACCGCAGUAUCGCGCCGCAACGUCUGUUUUCGUGCAUAUUGUGCGCUACAGACUUAUCUGCGGAAAGAUCAUUAAUGCGUUACAUCGAAGUACAAAACAUGUUUCCUUUGCGAGUAUAAACUACGAGGAAAUGCGUACUGCGCUGGCGAGGGAGUUACAAGAAUGGCACACAGAAACAGGCAAUCUUCCUCUGGUGAAGAGCGACGCGACAGCUGCUUCACCGGCCAGCGGCUCCAGUUUCCGAUGCGAAGAGUGGUAUCGUCUUCUAUACCAUAAUGAAUAUUUACGAUUCAGCGCGGGAGGCGAUUUUGCUGUAUGCUAG